AUCGUCUUAAGUUUGUUGAUUUUAAGAACAAUUUCUUAGCGAUUUGUGUAUAUACCGUCGUCUCUUUCUUCUCCGAGCUUAGGAUUUUGGAAGUCAUUUAAGUUGGAUUGAUGUGAAUCCAGUGGUUCUGUGACUAGCUAUGGAAUGCCGUUUGGAGAAGAAGAGUUUUUCUGGUACUACUAAACCUUUGCAAACUCCAGUGAAACAACAAUGUUUGGAGAGUCAUGAGCUUGUUAAGUAUAUGUCCAAGCUACCGGUUUUCUUGGAGAGAGCUGAAACCACCCCUCAGGAAAAGCUCUUGAGUGUUGGUGUUCUUGAUUGGGGUCGUUUGGAGAAGUGGCAGCAUAGUCAUAACAGGGUUUCAAUGAAGACUAGAUUCCCUAUGGUUUCCCAUACAGAUGCUUUGUUGGCUCCUCCGCCGAGAGAUGAGUCGUCUGCCGGUCCGAGUAAAGUGCAUAACCGUAGUUCGGAUUGUCGAAUGAAACAUCGUAGCUCACGGCAUUCCAGUGUAAUGUCAAAUUCUGUUGAAGAAACUGUAAAGGAGUGUGAUGAAAUCAAAUGUACUCGGAAAAAGAAACACAAAGAUCGUAGAUGUUUCAGCAUACCACAUGAGCAGUUUGGUCCAAAUACUGGUGCACAAAGAUUAGAUGGGUGUAAAGAGAAGGAUCUGAAAGGGAAGAUCUGCUCUAAAAAUGGAACUUUGUCACAUGGAUUGAAUCCAGAGGCUGGCUUGAACAUGGAGGUAAAAUCUAACAGACGUAGGAAGAGUGAAAAGAACUUGAACGAAAGAAACCGAAAUGAUCAUGAUGGAGAACUUAGUGGAAAGCAGCAGGGGGAGGCUAAGAUCUGCAAGAGGAGUUCGAAUAGAAAAGUCCGGGUUGUUCAUGGUGUUGAAGGAGAUUACUGUACACAACAUUCUUGCCCCUUGCCAUGUAAUGCUGAUGGCUGCUUGACAAAUAGUAAACUUGGCUCCACUGAUACUGACCAGAAAAAGGUUUCAGUUGAACUAUCUCAGUGCGUGCCACUCUUAACAAAAGCAAGGAAUAUAUCUUCCAAAGGUAAAAUCACAGAGGACAGAGCAUCAUCUUUAUUAUCUGUGAAACAUUGUAUGAAUGAGCCUGGCCAGAGACAAAAUUCAAAGGCGCCUAAAGUGGCAUCUGAAACGGGGAGAAGUAUAUCACCUUUUCAGCGGCUUAGCUUCAAUAUGGGUAAGGCCAGCAAAACUAACAGUGAAGGAGUUACUGUUCCCACAACCCAGCUAGAUACAAUGGCUAACUCCACAAAGAUAGAUUCACAAAAUGCGGCUCUAUUAUCUGAUGUUGACGGCUCAGAUUGCUACAAACCCAGUGAAAAAGAUACAACCACGACAAGCCAUUUAAGAAGGUUGCUACAACCACUUUUGAAGCCAAGAGCAAUUCACUCUGGCAUUUCUGUGGAGGGGCCGAGAGGUCAAGGCGUACAAAGAAUAAAAUUGGGUAUCAAGGGUUGCAAAUCAGUAAAUGUCAAUGAUUCAGCUCACGAGAAGAAGCUAGGAUCAUCCAUGGUUCGAGCUGUUCUGCGGGUAAACGUUAAGAACAAUCAGCCACUCUUUACAUUUGCAGUGAACAAAGAAACCGACAUCAUUGCGGCCACCCAAAAGAAAAUGGGAAGCUCGGAAGAGGGUGAAUGUACUAGUGUUUAUACUUUCUUCUCCAUUAAAGACCAUAAGAGAAAUAGUGGGUGGUUAAACCAAAGAGGCAGAGGCCAAGCACAUGGUCUCAUCUCUAAUGUUGUUGCUCAAAUGCGGGUUUCAAGCUCUUUGCCAUCUGGUUCCAUCAGAGAGUUUGUUCUCUUCUCUGUAGAAUUUGAUCAAGAGAGCACGGAAAAGUCUGAUCUGCAGUUGAAAAACGAGCUAGCUGCGAUCAUUGUGAAGAUGCCAAGAUGGUUUCACAGGAGGGCAUCACUAAACACGGUUCAGGAUCACAAUGCACCCAGUGGAGAGCUUGAAGAUCACAUCAAAGACAGGUUUUUUGACCAAGACAUUAGUGCUACUGUCAUACUUCAAAGCGGUGUUCAUAGUAUGCCUCAGAAAGGAGGGCCAUCGUCUUUGAUCCAGCGAUGGAGAACAGGUGGAUCUUGUGAUUGUGGAGGUUGGGACAUGGGCUGUAAUCUCAGGAUUCUUACAAAUCAGCACAACCUCUCCCACAAAAACUCGACAACUUCAAACUCACCACCCUCUUCAAACCGUUUCGAGCUUUUCUUUCUGGGAGAACAACCCGAGGAACAUCCGUUCUUGAGCUUUAAACCGAUCAAAGAAGGGAUAUAUUCAGUGGUGUAUAAUUCAUCCCUUUCACAACUACAAGCGUUCUCCAUAUGUAUGGCACUUGCAGAGAGUAGGAAAAUGUCAGAGAUCACCCUUGAGCACAAAAGCUCUUGUGAUGAACAUAAAGCUAGGGGAAAGACCGUGUUAGUCCCGGACCAAGAUUCAAACCCUAAUGGCAACACCGUCGGGUAUCAACCGCCGCUCUCGCCUGUCGGGCGGGUCUGAAGUUUGUAUUUUUACUUCAAACCCAAAAAUUUUACUUGCAGGAACAGUGUUUUUGAACCUGGCCCAGCUGAUCAGACAAAGUUUGAUUUUUUUUAAUAAACAUUCCAUGUAAAUUAUAGAUAAGUCUUAGUUCUGCAUAAUUUUGAGAUUUGAUUACCUCAUCUUCUCAAAAUUUAGUCUUGUAAAGUCAAAGAGGUAUAAGAAAAGAAUAAAAAUGUUGCCAUCGU